AUGAAUUCCCUGGGCGAUAAUAAUAAUAAUAGCGAUGAUAUUAAAUUAGAUUCUAAAAAAUCAACCACGGCUUCUAAUAAUAAUCAUUCACCUAUAAAUAAUUCAAACUUUGAUAGUAGUAAUAUAAAUAUGACUACUAGCUCAAUUAAUAAUGUAAAUAGUCUAAGCUUAUCUUCUUCAUCAAUAAAUUCUUUAAAUAAGAUUGCUGGUGCCAUUGGUGUUGGUCUCGAUCAAUUAUUAAUGGCAUUAUCAAAUACAAAACAACAACAACAAGCACAACAACAACAAUCAAUACAACAACAACAAUCAUUACCACCACAACCACCAGUACAACAACAACAAUCAUUACAACAACAAAUAAAUUCAAUACCAUCACCACAUUAUCAAAAUCAUUUAAUUGAUACAUUAGGUGGUAUAAUUUCACAUAAUGUAGUUGAUAAUAAUAAUAAUAAUACCAAUAAUAAUAAUACAAAUAAUAAUAAUACAAAUAGUAACACCACAGUUAGUAAUGCACCAUCAACAACUAGUAGUAGUGGAUCAGCAUUUACUAAUCCAAGUUUUUUAUUUGGAUUCGAUCAAGACCCAAAUGCCAAUAGUAUUACAUUACAACCAGAUUUCUUGUACGCCUUACAAAGUAGCUUGCCACAACAAUCUUAUUUGAAUACCUCUUUGUCAUCAUUACUCGGUAACACUUCUACAUUAAAUGGUUUAAAUUUAAAUCAACAAUUACAUCAUAUACAUUUACCACAAACUACACCACAUAAUAAUCAUAUGAAUUUACAAAAUAUACAACAUUUAAUUAAUAGUUACAAUCACAAUCAUAAUCAUAAUCAUAAUCACAAUCAUAAUCAUAAUACACAUAAUAAUCAUCAUUUAUUAUCGAGUAUUCAUAAUUUAAAUAAUAAUAAUAAUAAUAAUAAUAAUAAUAAUAAUAGUAAUAAUAAUAAUAACAAUAAUAGUAGUUUAAGUAUUCAUAGUUUAAAUAAUAGUAAUGGUAUUAAUAAUCAUACACAUAAUUUAAAUAAUAAUAAUAAUAAUAAUAAUAACAAUAAUGAUGAAUCACAAUCACAUCAAGCUAUUGUUUGUAAAUGGAAUGGUUGUGAAUGUAAUUUCUAUGCAAUCUCUGAAUUUUGGAUUCAUUUUAGAAAUGAUCAUUUCAAGGAUAAACCAACUAUUAAUAUUAGAAAUAGUAAUGGUACAAGUAGUACUUUUACAACUUGUGAUUGGGAUUACUGUGGUGUUGUUUUAAAAGAUUUCCAAAGUUUAACAAGCCAUAUUAAAUUUAAUCAUCUUUUAGAUCCAUAUGAUCCAAUUAGUAACAAUAGAACUCUCUCUAGAAGAAAGAAGAUAAAUGUACCAAUUAAAACACAACCACCAAUCGGCUAUAAUAAUAAUAAUAAUAAUAAUAAUAAUAAUAAUAAUAAUAAUAAUAAUGGUAGUAAUAAUAAUAAUAAUAAUAGUUUUAUUAAAUCUGUUGAUGAAUCGAUUUAUUCUCAUUUAUUUAAAGAGAUGACAUCGAAUCCAAAUAUGAUGAAUAAAGUUAAUAAUAAUAAUAAUGAUAGUGUUAAUAAUAAUGGUACUCCAAAUAGUUUCUUUAGUGAUGAUUUUGACCAAUAUUGGGAUUCAACAUCCCAAAAGUCAAAAUCAUCUAAUAUUUCUAAUAAUACUACUUCUUUAGUAGGUGAUGAUAGACUAUAUAAGAAACAAAAAUUGUAUAAUGAUCAACAACAACAUAAUCAUAAUAAUCAUAAUCACCACCACCAACAACAACAACAACAUAAUAUGCAUAACAUGCAACAACAACAACAACAACAACAACAACAACAACAACAACAACAAUAUAUUGACCAAGAAUAUAUGAGUAGCAGUGAUGUUGAUUCAUCACCAUCUCCAUCAAAUAUUUUUGGUGAUCAAUCACAACCACAAUUACCACCACCACUUUCAUCACAAGCUGUACCAGAGAAGCCAGUCAAAAGAACUAGUAAAAGUAAAAAGAAUGAAGAUACUAAACCAACUAAUAUUAAUAAACCAAUUACAACUACUACAACUACUACCACCACUCCUACUACAAAUGCACCAUCAUCACCAUCAAAACAACAACUACAACAACAACAAAAUACUACUGAUAUUCAACAAUCACAACAAUCACAACAAAUAACAACUGUAAAUAGAAAACCACGUAAAAGAAAAUCAUCAGAUCCUCCAGGACCAUUCGAAUGUAAAUGGAGUGAUUGCAAUUUAGGAGCUAUCUUUGAAAAGUUAUCAGACUUGGGCGAACAUAUCGCUGAUCAUGUAAAGAAACAAAGAGGUAAAAAGAGUGAAUCCUAUUGUGAAUGGGUUGGAUGUAACCGUGCCGAUAAACCAUUAAAAAGUGCAUACAACUUAAUUCAUCACAUUCGUUAUAAACAUACCGGUGAAAAACCAUUCCAUUGUGAUUAUGCUGAUUGUGAUAGCCGUUUCGUUCAAUUAUCCGAUCUUAAUGAACACAAAAGAAAUAUUCAUAAAUUUGAAGAUGGUUAUGUAAAAAAGAAAAGAAAUUCUAAGAAAUCUGAUCAAUCCGAUGAUAUUCAAUUAAUUAAUAAUAAUAAUAAUAAUUUAAAUAAUAAUUUUGAUAAUAAUAAUAAUAAUAAUAAUAACAACAAUAAUAAUAAUAAUAAUAAUAAUAAUAAUAAUAACAAUAACAAUAAUAAUAAUAAUAAUAAUAACAAUAAUAAUAACAAUAAUAAUAUGAAUAUGAAUAUGAAUAAUAAUAAUAAUAAUAAUAACAACAAUAAUAAUAAUAAUAAUAAUAAUAGUAAUGAAGUUAAAUAUCCACCACAACAACAAAAUCAACAACCACAACAACAUCAACCACAAAACCAACAACAACAACAUCAACCACAACAACAAAAUCAACAACCACCACAAAAUCAACAACAACAACAAGAAGAUAAAAAUAAUAAAAAGAAAUUAACUACAACACCAGUAAUUUUAGCAAAUAAUAAGGUUCCACAAAGUCCAAAGACAACUUUCAAAUCACCAAAUUUACCAUUUUCACAAUUCCAUGAAAAUAAUAAUAAUAAUAAUAAUAGUAAUAAUAAUAACAAUAAUAAUAAUAACAAUAAUAAUAAUAAUAACAAUAAUAAUAAUAAUAAUAAUAAUAAUAAUAAUAAUAAUAAUAAUAAUAAUGGUGAUCAAUCAAUGGGUAAUGAUGAAGAUGAUGAAAAUUCUAAUCCAGCUGAUAGUAAUAGUGAUGAAAUUCAAGUAGAAUAUGAAGUUGCUGACUCUAAUAACAAUAAUUAUCCAAAUUAUCAUACCAAUCAAAUCGCUGAUAAUGGUAAUAGCAAUGACGAAGGUGAAGAUGAUGAUGAUGAUGACAAUGAGGAUGAUUCAAAGAAUAAUAAUAAUAAUAAUAAUAAUAAUAACAAUAAUAAUAAUAAGAAUAAUCAUAGUGUCACAUCACCAGCAUCAUUCUCAUCAAUUCAUAAUCAUCCAUUAAUGAAUAUUCAUCAACAUGGUACACCACCACUUUAUUUCUCAACACCAAAGCAAGCUUUCCAUGAAGCUGAUAGUCCAGCACAAGUUGAUUUCGUACCACAUACUCCAUCACAACUUUCUGGUAAUACUACAUCAUCAUCAUCAACUCAAACACCACAUACACCAACAACCACAACUACAACUACAACCACUACCACAACAACUACAACAACUAGUUCAUCAAAUUCUGGUUCAACACCAGCUGUUGCAAGUAGCAGUAAUGUAUUAUUUCCAUCCAACCAUUUCCCAGCAAGUCCAAUUCAAGAUCUUAAAUUAUAUCACUCACCAAUGUUACCAUUCCCAUCACCAAUGGGUACUGAAUUAGGUAAUGAUUCAUUACAUCAACCACCUGAUUCACCACAAAUUACCAUUUCAUCUGGUAAAGUUGUUUUAAGAUUUAAUAAAAAUGUAAAUAAUACCAACACCAACAACAAUAGCAAUAACAAUAUUAGUGCUGAUAAUGACAAUACUGUAAAUAAUAAUAAUAAUAAUAAUAACAACAAUAGUAGUAAUAAUAAUAAUAAUAACUCUUCAAAUAUGUCAGAACCAUCACCAAUUUCAGCAUUUUUUCAUCAACCAUCCACUCCAUCAAAAACAUUUAGAAUGUUUGAUAAAACACCAUCAAGUCCAUCAACACCAUUAGGUUUCGAUAAAUUAACUCUUCCAUCGAUUUAUUCCUCUUUAGAAAAUAUUUCUCUUAACCCUUCAAAUAUUAUGAAUCAUACUUCAACUUCACUUUCAAUCUCUAAACAACAAAAAUUAAAAGAAUCUGAUUCUGAUAAAAAAGAAAAGAAUGAUGAAUCUUCUUCAACCGGAGUUCCAAUUGUUAAACAAGAAGUCACUGAAGAAAAACAACAAGAAUUAAAACAACAAGAAUUAAAACAACAAGAAUUAAAACAACAAGAAUUAAAACAACAACAACAAGAGAAAGAAGAAAAAGAAAAAGAAAAAGAAAAAGAAAAAGAAAAACAACAACAAGAAGAAAAAGAAAAAGAAAAAGUACCAAUUGUUGAAGAAAAAGAACCAGAAAAACCAAAACAAUAUUAUAGUUUACCACCAGUUGAACCAAAAUUAAAAGUUACCAAAAAAUUAUCAAUGGGUUUCAUUGCAGAAGAAGAUGGUACUAUUAGAUUUGGUGAAUCUGAUGAAGAAUACUAUGAAGAAGAUGAUGAUAAUAAUGAUGAUCAAGAUGAAUCUCAACAAGAUGAAUUACAAAGUGAACAAGAUGUUGAUUUAGAUAACUCAACUACUGCUAUUACUUCUAUUUAA